AUGGCUUGCACGAACAGCAACAUGGCGGCGGGCAGUAGCUCUUCGUCUUCAAACUUUGAUACAAGCCAACAGGUUGAUCGAAUAGCCCUGUUAUAUCCUAAAGUAGAUGAGUCUGAAACCCCUUUGCCGAGAUCUUGGUCUCCCAAAGACAAGUUUACUUUUAUUGGACUUUCACAAAAUAAUCUCAAAGUACACUAUAAAGGUAGGCGAGAGAUAUGGAGCAUUUUUUGUGUUCUUCGAAUUUCUCGAGCCCUGAUAUUAUUAGCCGUAUCAUCUGAAUGCUCUUACUGAAUUCUCAACUUGUAUAGGAAAUUUCAAAAGCAGGAUAGUCUAAGACAAAGUCAUCUGUUUUCAAGCACGGCCGUUCAAGGACAUCUGUGAAAAAUGUAUCAGAAAUCCAAUGCAAAACUGACCAAAGCUAGCGCGUUUACAUUAAGCUUUUCUUCGGGACGUACAUGGAGGUUGGAGAACGCAUAAGAAUAAUCCCGGAAUAAUCACUGCGUACAGAUAGAGAUCGAUAGCUGCGCCUUAUCCAGGACAGGACUGAAAGCAAUGGAUAGCAACAAAAUUGUUAAAGCUUUUAAAAGUUAGCUCCUGAUGCGGUAAUCGUGCAUUUUUGGCUGUAAACAAAACCCUUCUUUUGUAUUAAAAACAGGUGUAGGGAAAACACACAAGGACGCGGCUUCGGUUAGAGCCACUCAUCCCAUCCCAGCAGCUUGUGGUAUUUAUUAUUUUGAGGUGCGAAUAGUGAGCAAGGGCCGUGAUGGGUAAGUUAUGAAAUAAAUGCAAGCUUAUCAUUCUAAUAUAUUUUUUUAAUGAGACAAUGAUAUUUUAUAAGAGAGCAAAACAUACAACAAUGAAUUUAAUAUCCAUAUGCUCAAGUUUAUUACUGGUAUGUAUAAUUAUAUAAUUCUGGCUAUUUUUUCACUUAUUGGACUUUUUAGCAGGUGUUUCAGAAGGAAACUAGCUACUGUGGGAACUAAGGAAAAAUUGGCCUGAAGAAUUAUCAAAUGAAAUCCAAUGCCAAUGAGAGAGCUUAAAGCACUUGCAUUUUAUUGAAAAAGGGGAAAGUGGAUUAUGAUGUAGCUUUAUUCUGAUCAGGUUUUAGUGAUAUAUAAUGCAAAUAAUCAAUGCAGUAGUUUUAAUUUGUUAGAUCUGGCUAUUUUUGACUUAAAGUGAAAAAAUUAUUUAAAAAAAAAACAGCUGGGAGAGUAGGAGGUAGUAAUUAAAACUGGAAGAGUUCCAAUCAAAUUAUUGGAAUGGAAGUCUGCCAAAAUUGCUUCUUUAUAACCAUAGCUGGUAGAAUGACCUGUGUGGGAAGCGACUAUUUUAGAGAGUGAUAAAGUAACAACUGAAUUUUGGGGUGGCCUAUCAGGAAACCUUGUUAGUUAAGGUAUCUGCACCGGCAAAUUUUGCAUAUUUUUGCAUCAUUAUUAUAGUUAUUAUAUUGAUAAUUCCUCUGUUCUUGAGGAACUAAAACAUAUCAAAAUAAAUGAUGUUAUGUCACGCAGAAGGUGUUAAUUUAAUUACCCCCUAGGUUGGCAAAGAAAGAGAAAAAUCAAAAAUUCAGAAGAAUCCAUAGAGUUAUUGUUAAAAAAGAAAUGUAACACAAAUAAGGACGCAAGAUAGAAUAAUCCUGUGUUCGACCAAGGCACAGCUCCAAUUAAUCUACCUUCCAGGGCACAAUUUGCUAUUUUAAAAUUUGAUCCACAUUUGAACAUCAAUAACUCAGUUGUACGGCAAUUCUAACCUUUGGUCAAACACAGAUCUCUUCAUUAACAUGCUCUUUGUGUAUUUGCCAAAUUUCACAGAGAAAUGAUAACCCGUUCCUCCAAAAAAGUGGUCCCUGUAAUUCAAGGUGAAUCAGUCACGCAGUAAUUAAUGCUUUUCCAGUGUAAAAAGCUUAUUUUCUUCUCAAAAUCAACUGUUCUUCCUUGAUACUACCAUCACAGACCUUCUUGCCCACCAUUUUGAAUCACUGCUGUGUGAAAUGCUCGUGGAAGCCUAAACAAAUGCCAAAUAACCUCUCUAUAGCCCCCUUGGAUUUUGAUACGUGACCAGUUGCUAGGUGUGACGCACCUCCGAAAGGUGCAUUACUCAGUGUUAGCUUUAAUGCAAUGUGGCAUGCCAAAGAGUGAAGAUUGAAGGAGAGUUUCAUUGAAAAUCGAAAAGAAUUGCUUCUGUAAAGAGAAAGAAAUUGAUAGAAAAACAGACUAGAGGAAUAGAACCUAGAGAACAUUUUACUCUCCCCGCAAAAUUGUCAGAAUAUAUCAGGUGAGCAUGCACGCCAAUGUGAUAUAAAUUUUACACAAUAAUAAGUCCUGGAAAACGGAGUAUAAUUAUUUCAAGAACGUAAUGUAUUUUGACUAGAAGCAAGUAAUAUUAGUCAUCACAGCUUGAACAGAAGCAAGAAAAAUCAAGUUGGACAUACAGCAGCUGUAGUUUGUCAAUGAAUCCAAGCAGUGAGUAAAUUUUGUUGAGCGCAUCAAUCGAAAUUGAUGCUGAAAAAGGGAGUCAUUGGGAGUUAUUGCGCUCCUGGUGUCUCCUGCAGUCUUUUUUCUUAGUAACGGAAAUGAAAAUUGUUCUCUAACUUCCGGUAAAUCGGUCAACUUUUGAGUAGAUUUUCUCUUAAAUGCGAAGGUAUAUUCGAAAAAGAAAACGAGAUAUGCAUAUUACAUCACCUGAACUUACUGUAGAAAGAUUUUGAGGCCAAAAUUUGCCGGUGCAGAUACCUUAACUGAAUUGGUAUCGUGGCCUUCAGGAAAGCAGUUCUCAAGUUCAUCACAAUGUGCCUUGCUUGCUUCUUCUAGGAGUAUGGAAAUAGAGGCUGGUUGCUUGAACACCUAACAUUAACUCUGUACUACUUUGUUUUUUUCCUUGGUAGAUACAUGGGUAUUGGUUUAUCUGCGCAGGGAGUCAACAUGAAUAGAUUACCAGGUAAAUUUUCGUCACCGAUGUACCUCUUUUAAGGGAACCCCCUUUAAUCCUUUUACAAGGGCACAUUUUGGGCAAAUUUGCAUAAAUCCUUAAACGUGCAGCCCCGUGUCUUUGCAGUAAAGUUAAAGACCUUCAACCCAACCUUAUAGUUCCCUGUCAUAGUUAUAGUUUCCAAACAACCAUGGACUGACUGCUAUCCAAUAUUCCUUUCAAAGUAAUCUGUCAUUGUCCUUUACCCAUUUACUUUAAUGAAAACCUUUGUAAUGAAUCAAACGUUUUUAACUAUGAAUAAACCCAAAGAAUCCAUCCUUUCACAUUGUGAAGAAACAGUUGCACAUAGGGAAUCGUUGUACUAUAAACUGUUGCUUAUAAGUCCUGGGUUUAUACAUCUUAUACCGUAAAAUUGUGAAAAUAAGCCCCGGGGCUUAUAUUUUUCAAAGGCCCUUUUGAAGGGGCUUAUUUUUGGAGGGGCUUAUCUACGGAGGGAAAUUUGCAUUUCAAAAUCGGUAUAGUUGGAAGUAAAUUUCCCAUUUUUGCUUUGUUUUCCUUUGUAUUUGAGGGCAGUUUUCCAAGUACAAGCCCCCGGGGGGCUUAUAUUUGGAGAGGUGAUUUAACGGAAGGUUUUUUGCGUUUACCUGUUUGGGGGGCUUAUACAUGGAGGGGCUUAUUUUCGGAAUUUUAUGGUAUCCUAGGGGGCUUGGAACUGGAAAAGAACAAGCACUUCAAAACAAGCUACAUUUACAGUAGUACUGAUCAAAAUACAUUUUUUUCCACUGGUUUUUAAUUAAGUUUCAAAAUUAUCAAAUUCAUUUUAAUACAAGUUAAAGGGGGGCUUCUGUCUGGGGGUGGGGGUGCAGGGGGGGGGGGUUGGAGCUUAUAAUCAAAUGUGUUUUUUUGUUUACCGGGAGAUGGGCAUUAUUUAACUGAGGGCUUAUAAGAGGAGCGGCUUAUAAGCGGCAGUUUACGAUAAUUUAUGACUGUCUUUCGACUUUUAGGUUGGGAGAAGAAUUCUUAUGGCUAUCAUGGAGAUGAUGGUCACUCAUUCUGUUCUUCUGGGAAUGGAAAGCCUUAUGGGCCUACCUUUACAACAGGAGAUGUCAUUGGCUGUGGUGUCAAUCUCAUUGACAACACUUGUUUUUACACAAAAAAUGGAGUUAACCUUGGUAACUUUUGCAUUUUGAGUUGUUUGGUAGACUUUACAUGUAGUGAUUUGUGUUUGCCAUUUAAUCUUCUUUGAAAGUGAUAAAGUAUUAUAAUAAUAUUAUAUGUUAAUUUUUUUCUUCAGGAAUAGCCUUCACAGAUUUACCAGUAAGUUGCAAAAUUCUGUGUCAUUGUUUAGAACUAGUGUUAUUUACUGAAGGGCCUGUCAUCUUGUAAUAUGCACAGCUUAGGUUGCUAUAUGUCAGAGAUGUUAUUAAGUUUGAAGCAGGCAUAACUUGUAAAUUUCCACCCAUAACAGCUUACAACUGUUUGUAUUAGGCUUACAGUAUACAUAGUUUUUACACGUGUCUCAAAAUAUGAGCAAAGUUUGAUUUCAGAAAUUCUCAUAAAGGGCUCUAGAUACUUGAUAAGAUUCCUUGAUUUCUUGUGAAGUUCCCUACAUAUCCCAUAACAUUAUCUUCAUAUGUUGCAUACUGUCAAGGCAAACUCAAAAUUAAGAUUAUUGUUAAUUCUCUAUUAAUUAAGCCCUCCUGCCAAAUUAUAUUAGUCCCCAUUUUGAUAAGCCCCCUCCUUUUCAGGAAAAGAAAGUUUAUAAGCUCCCCUUUCUUUUUAGCCCUCCCUUCCCCUUAUUAUUCUUCACAAUGAAAAAAAAAAAUAAAUGAUAGACUGUAUUAGAUAAUCGGGACUGUGAUACUUCAUGUGGACUGAUCCAGUAUGGCUUAUUCAUGUGCCAGAAGAUUGGGUUUGUUUUUGAUCUUCAGGUGCAUAACCUCAAACAUUCUUGUUCUUAAGAUUUUCCUUUUUGCAAUCUUGUUCCUUAUGGAGAACUGGUAUUGUUGUCUUUGCUUAAUUAAAUCAUUCCGCCCUCCGUGGGGCUUAAUACAGAAUUUACUAUUAUGACGUGAUUUUCUAUCUGGGAUUCUAAGGCUGCUGUAGUGACUGCAGGAACUGUAGUGAAGUGAUAAUGUACUUGACUUUCGUUACAAUUUCCAUCUAUAAGGAAAAGUUAAGCAGGCUUAUUUAUAAGUCAAGCCAAUGCCUUCACUUAACUGCACUUUCCAAGUUAUCCUAUGCCUAAACAAACAAAAACCAAAGUACGUGUAUGGUUAAAAAGUCCUAAAUAUGAAGAAAUUAUUUCUCCAAUGGCAAUGAUAAAGCAUAUAUACUAAGGCAGUCAGAAACAGCAGGAUAAUUUUUUCAUUGCUUUUUAAAAGUUAAGUUGAAUUUCAAGUUAAAAGCCAAACACCAGAGCCAACCUGAUGGUUACACCCUCACCAUCUUGAAAUAUUUAGACAUAAUUUUCCUCUCCCUGUUUAUUUUUUGCACAGCCAAAUUUGUACCCAACCGUUGGACUCCAAACUCCUGGUGAAGUAGUUGAUGCCAACUUUGGGCAAAAGCCAUUUAUGUAUGACAUAGAGGAAGUGAUGAAGGUGUGUGUGCAGAAUUUUGACAGUGGAACUGGCUUUAAACAGACACUAAAGCUGGAUAUCCUGAAAUGUCCAUUGCAGUAUCUGGGUAUCUGUGAUAAGCGGUUUCUUAAAAUAAUAUAAACAUUUUGUGCAGGUGACUGUGAAGCAGAGCUUGACUGUAUUAAGUUUUUUAGUGUGUUAGUUAGAUGUUAUGGUGAUUCAGUGUAGAUUAUUGUAAUAUUCAGAAACUGUCACUUCCCCAUUUGAUCUGGGACAGUUCACCAAGAUCAUCUUGAGAAAAAAGCAAACAACAACUUGAACAUUUUUACCUUUUAAAUUUGUUGCUUUUGCUUUUAGGAAGUCCAUGCUAGAACAAGGCGUACAAUACAAACAUUUCCAUUUACAGACAAAGAAGGACUAUGGCAGACAACACUACAAAAGUAAAUACUAAUACUACUAUAAUAAUGUUUUUGUUUUGAUCUUUAAGCGUAUGUUCAUGAGCAAAUUUCUCCUGUUGGUAUCAGUGCUUUGUAUAACAGGGUGGUCAUUCAUGAGAAUUUAGGACAUACUCAAAGAAGAAUUUGCUUUUUAAAAUAUUUCAAAAACACCUCCCCUCUUUUUCUAUAGAGAAUCAAUAGGGGCAACGAAUGAGAAUUUAAAUUUCGAUCUCAGGGUAAAAGAUGUGAUGAUAUACAGUGGAACCCUGCCUUUAAUGUGAACAUAAUAAUAUAUCAUUCUUUUGCCAAUAAUCUUGGUCAUUUUCUGUUCUAGAAAAACUGCAUUAACAAGGUUUCUUUGUUCAGCCUUAUUUCGUACAAAAUUCUGGCUUAUGUAUUUUGGUGUUAUUUUUCUUUCUAUUUUGAUUUGAGGUUGUUGUUAUGUUGUAGGAUUGUGUCAACAUACUUGGUCCACCAUGGUUACUGUGCUACUGCAGAGGCCUUUGCUAAGAGUACGGGGCAGUCUUUUACAGAGGAGAUGGCAUCCAUCAAAAACAGACAAAGUGAGUCUUAAUUUGAGUACAGAAAACAGAUGCAAGAAAUGAUACAUGUGCAGUGUUUAUUUAUUGCCCUUGAGCAAUGUUUUUUACAUUCACUCCUCCUCAAACAGGAGCUAUGCUGCACAUUUUGAAAUACCUGACAUGUGGUGCAGGCACUUUUUUCUGCAAGCAGUCACUGUAUUUUUCCAUGUAUAGUUUAAAUCUUUGUUUUUGGAAGCAGAGAAAGGAUGGGAAAAAUAGAAAGUAUGAUCAAAAGAAACAUGUUCAAGUGCUUACAUGUGUAACAGUGUUAUGCCCACCCUCCCCCCUCCCCCAAAGUUAAGUGGAGACCAACUUACUGACUGAAUAACUACAGUAGAAGCUCCUUCUACAUAAAUGGAUGAAGGUUUUGUGAGGUGAAGGCAUGUAAUUUGUUGGUCUAGCCCUAAACUCUCUUAAUUGCACACAUCUCUGUAAGGCAGAUAUCUAGAAUCUAGGCAUUUUACACACAGUGUCUUUGUUGGAUUUAGUUUAUUGUUUAUUAUUUUAUCUGUUUCAUGCUGGUUGGAUCUGUAAUAGUAGUAAUAAUAUUUGAAAAUCUUUCCCUGUAUUCAGAUUAUAAAUUUCAGUCUUUCUCUUCCUUUUAGGAAUACAAAAGCUUGUUCUUGCGGGCAGAAUAGGAGAAGCAAUUGAAACAACACAGACAUUAUACCCAGGACUCUUAGAACGGGAUCCUAACUUGCUUUUUCUGCUAAAAUGCCGACAAUUUGUUGAAAUGGUCAGUGGAUGUGACAGUGAUGUACGUCCGGCAGCACACAGUCCACGUUCAAGCCCUAAUGUUAGUCCAACUCAUUCAUACAGUGCCACCUCAGUAGGAAGUGUUGGAAGCAGUUCAUCUUCGGCUGCUAAUGGAUUUGUGAGUAAUGGUACAUGUAUAGACAAUGGAUUUGACGCUGAUAAUAUGCCAAUGGAAGUAGAAGAGUUUGAAGAAUCAUCUAGUAAUGGACUUUUAAAUGGAACUGCAAAAAUGGAAGAGAAUGAUUACAGUCCGAGUAGAGGUAUUUGACCAUAAAUUUAUCACUUAAAUCAGUUUGUUUAAAUUAGACAGUAGAACGCAAAGGGCUUGAAGCCUGAGUAUCAAGAUCACCAAAACUCAGUGAACAUCAUCAAACAAUGUCUAAAUAAUACUCUAAGAUCCUAGUGUAAAAACCACGAUCCAACUGGGUUUCAUCUGCAGUAAAUUAAAUGAAGACCUGAAGGUGCGAGAAAUCAAACCUACUAAUGUUGAUCUAGAAUGUGUACAUUAUACGUUUCAAUGUAACCUUUUUUAUACAGGACAUGUGGGUUAUACUUGGCGCUACCUACAUGUAUGCAAGGAUGGUCACAAAGAGAUUUUUUUGAUUGUACAUUUUGUUUAUGAGACUGCAAUCUUUUGGAUUCAAUUUGUUUGGUUCUAAGUCAGAAACACUACCAAAAACAAUUUCUCAUCAUGCGGUCUUUUGUUUGUUCUUCCCUGUUGCAGUGGAAUCAAGGCAAACUUGCUGUCACAACAGAACCGUACUAGAAAAGAUAUUGACAUUUGGGAGAGAACUACAAAAUAUGAGUAUCCAACUUAGAAGAGAACACGGCAAAAAUGAAACAAAUAAAAAGGCUCUUCAGGCAAGUAUUUAUGCUGGAGAUGUUUAAGUCAUGUGAGACGUGAAUUUGCAUGUAAGUCGUCUUUUGUCGUCUAGUGUAAAAACAGUAAAAAGGACAGUUACAUUUAACAUCUGAUGACAGGAACAUCUUCUGUUGACUUGAACGUCCAGUAUUAAAAUGGGAGCCAUUAACUGGGACCCAUUUGUGCCUUACUCAUCCAGAAAUGAUCAGGAAGAGUCAUGAUGUCUUUUAAUCAGAAAACUCUGCUUUUAUUUGAUACUUUGUCUGACUAUUGUGUGUCCUGUUCAAGUCAACUUUUCUAACAUUACUGUCUACCAUCAAAACGGCGACCGUUAAGUGCUUCAUUGGAUAUCCAGAUGCUGAGAUCUGAAGUGCAUUGAAUAAUAGGAAUACUGAUCAGUAUCAAACAGUUAAUGAUUUUUUUCAUUCAGGGUGAAGUAUGACCCAGUAUAUUUCUCAAAAUAUAAUAGCAGUUAUUCCAUCAAACUUUUUAUCUGUUGUUAAUGAUGUGAGUUGUUUUGAAUUGAAAUUCUAGGAGGCUUUUAGUCUACUUGCAUACACUGAUCCUUGGAGUAGUCCUGUUGGCUAUCUUUUAGAUCCUGUUCAAAGGGAACCAAUAUGCUCUUCUUUAAAUAGUGCUAUUUUAGGUAAGUGAGAAAAACCUUGCAAAUCUGUCACCUGAAAGUAGUAAUUAAGAGAUAGUUAUUGGUGUGAGUUAUGUUGCACAUCAGUAACUGAUCAGCAGCAAGGAUGGGGAAACAGACAAUGGAAUGGAAUUGAGAAUCCUCAUGUUCACUUAAUAUUAUUUUAUUUGAUUUUAGUUGCCUAUAGUUCAAGUAAAGACUUGCAUUAAUGUUUUUAAAUCCCUCAAUUUGUGACCCUAUUUGGGAAAAGCGGGCUUAACGAAAAUUGCGUUGAGCUGUUUUUUAUCGCAACGCAUUUGGAAACGUUGGAAUGCAUUGGCGAACGUUCUUAAUGCAUUUGAAAGCGUUGGCAAUGUUCUCCAACGGAACUAAGAAACGUUCAGUAUCGUUUCAAAAUCAUUUCAAAACAUUUGGAAAACGUUUUCGAACGUUGAAAAUGCAUUAAAAUGGAACAUCAUUAAUUCGUUGCAACGGGAAACAUUCCCCAAACAUUCUAACAUUGUCAACGACUGAGUUACAAAAGCUCCGAACUGUCAGGCAUCUCCUCGCUCCAUCAUUCGACAAUUUAAAGCCACGGUCAUAAAUAAAGUGAUAAAACGUUUAAAACUUCACAGCGUGAGAAAUGUUCGAUCCGAGGAAUCAAUAAUUUGUUCCAUUUUCAGUUUUAAGUCUGUGUUAUUAAAGAGGGCAAAAAAGAGGGGAAUUAAAUUUGAAAGCACGCGUUGUCGAAAGUGUUAUAGGUCUGAAUUUAUUUUAUGCUGUUCUUUCAGUGUUACGGCGGUGUGCGUGCUUGUGACUACCUUGUUUGAUAGCUCCCUGUAAAAUUAACAGAUAUCAGAUGCUUGAUAUGGGUCGCUGAUUUUAAGACUAACAUAUACCAAAUUUCUACCGGGGGAGUCCUACUAUUUACCGACUUUUCCUUCUUCCCGUGUUUCCCGUUUUUUUUGCUCGGGGAUUCAACAAAUUCAACCAGUUCAGUCACGGAACGCCCUGGCAAACGCUAGACAUUGUAUCCUUCAAAAGCGAAAACCUGAAAACGUGACAUUCUUCACAAAAAAUUCAUGGUUUUUAUCUGUACCAGUCAGCUGUUAUGAAGAUGUCAAAAUUUAUGAUCACGAAUAUUUUCUGAUCAAAGCUUGUUGCGUGACACUACCGUCAUCACGGCUCAAGGGUUCGGAAAGGUCAACGCGGUAAUGUUUUCCGUAUUACUGUUUUGAUUUUUAUGGUGUUUUUUUCUCACUGAUUCUUCAAUGGACUGCAUGGCUCGCAUGACUCGCUGGCUCUCAUUUCAUACACAUACAGCACACUUUUUGGCAGAUUUCUUUGCCAUCUUCGCUCGAUUAACGUUGUCAAGCAAGCGCGCAAUGUGGUCGUCGCUUUUAAUCUCUAAAAUCUUCUGCUUGCGAUCGUCGCGACUUCAAUUUCGUCGGAAUUACUGAAGUACUAUUUUUCUCACCUUUGGUCUCGCUCUCUCCCAAUUUUUUCGUCUUGUAUCUUUUCCCCGAGGGAUUUUGGAGCCGGAACGGAUUAAUUUUGAAAGGGAUGUGAGAAUUAACCGACUGCAAGCAGUCUAGCACGCCGCUGACGAAGGUAGAAAAGGGCAAAUAAUUGGCAACCCCAAAAUUCUGUCAGCCAGUUACGUACAAAAAGAAAUGCACGACCUCAACAGUCAGCCUUACAGUUUUAAGAAACUUCUCAAAAACUUGUCUCCUUUAUUUCCAGAUUUGAAAGUCCAAGAAAGUAAUUUCAUGCUUUUCUCAAUUACCUCUUGACAUGUUACAACCUGAAACAACAUCAAACACACGCAAUGUCACAAAGAUCAAAGUUCUAUGCAAAUUGAUUUGAACCGAUCGAGAACAAAAAGUAAAAGCCUUUGUUUUCCAUUGCGAAUUCAUGUCGUUAUUACCGUUGAUAUUACUGUUAUAUGAAGGUAUCAUUACUGUUCCUAAAAAAAAGUUGUAUUUUCAAAGAACGUUCUCAAGCAUAUCGAUGUCUAAUCAUCAGUGGCUUCAAUUAAUGAUAAUUUUUCGCAUCCUGGGUUGAACUUCAGGAACUAAUUUUAUCGCUAAAAAAAAACGUUUGGAAGCAUUGCCAAUGCAUUGAACAACGUUGGAAAAACAUUCUAAAACGUUGUUAAAACGUUGAAAACAAUUGCGUGCGUUUGAAGGAAAACGUUGUAAAUGCGUUGAGAAUGAAUCAUUGGAAUCCGUUUCAAUGCAUUGUAACGCAUUCAAAAUGCGUUGAAAUGCUUUUCAACGCAAAUUUCAUUAAGCCCGGUUUUCCCAAAUAGGGUCACAUUUGUGGAAUUGUGACAUUUUGAGCUGGUGUAACAAACUGAGGUUAAACCCAUUUUCUCUGUAGCUUAGUUGCAACAUUCAUUUUGCUCCAGCGUUAGUUUAGUUCAUGGCUUUAGAAAUGAAAUUCUUUACACUAAGAAUGCUCCCUUGGUAGAUUAUUCAGCUUAGAUGAAACCAAGCUUUACUUUCAACAUGGGUCAAUAACCCUUUUAAGGUGUUUCUAGGGAACUUCCUUGGAUUGCAAGUGACUAAUCUAACCCCAUGUUUGUAGCUAUCCAGUGUGCUCCUAUUUCAUUUGCAUUUUUCUGUGCUUUUUUUCUUGUACGUUUUCUUCUAAUGUAUUUUUCUUUUUUGUGCCCUUAGAUUCUCAUCAACUGCCAAGGAAACCUCCCCUGGAUUUAAUAUUGGGACAGGCUCAGGAAUGUUUAAAACUCAUGUCAAAAUGUGGUCUAGGAGCAUGUGCAUUUGCCAGCGUAGAAGAAUACAUGUAACAUGUCUGGAGUGAUAAAAGAUUUAUUACAUGGCUGCUUUGAGAUAUGAAAUUUCUCUUCGAGUGUUAAAAAUGAGUGAAAUAUAUUUGAAUACAUGGAGAGAAAUUUCAUGUCUCAAAGCAGCCAUGUAAUGUUCUAUUAUUUUUUUUUAUAUAAACACCAAUGAAAUACCAAACCAUUUCACUUUACAGUCAGGCCAGGACAAGCGACAUUCCAAGAUUUCAUUAAUGAAUAUGUUAUUCAAAAGUUGAAUCUGUUAGUCAUUGCUGUAAUGAGUAUGAAGUUGAAAUCUACAUUUGUGUUGGGUCAGAUUGAAAUAACUUUGAAUGGACAAAAUUGCUUCCAAGACAUUUACAUCUAAUUAUAUAAUUAUUAGAAAACUGAACUGGUAGAAAUUUCAUAACUGACUUUCUUGUGAAUUAUUUACUGCUUAUCAACGGCAUACAGGAAUGCAGAGAUGAAUCUGACAUCUACAACUGCAAAUGGAUUCAACUUUCAAAUGAUAAAUUCAUUAAUGAAAUCUUGGGGGGUAAGCUUGGCGUGGCUUGACUUUUUUGCUGCAAAAGGCGUGAUUUAUUGUGCAGCCAAAACAACUGUGAUCUUAAAUACCUGGCUGGUAUCUCAUUUGUGGUUAUAUGAUAAUAUGGUUAGUUGUUGAAAAUUCAUUACAGCACUUCUUUAACCCAUUCGCUCCUGGAGAUUUUGCCGAAAAACAUGUUUUGAAGCUAGUCGAGUGGUUUUUUGGUCACUGUCGUGCUAUAAAGAGCUAAAACUUACCACAAACCAGUUUACAGGUCGUACACUUCGCUGCCUUCUGAUCCAGAUGCAAAAUAUCAGCUUGCGAAGUUUGGGCAUGUGCAGAAAGCAAAAUUUCGAGAUAGUUUUUGGGUUUAAAAGUGAUACAGCAGUCUUGACUUUUACUUUUCACUUUCUCUCCUCCCCUCUUUUUUUUCGCUUUUCUUGCCUCAUUUUUUUUUUCUCUUGCUGGGCAUUUAGUAGGCUUCGUUUUGGUGGGAAGAGUUUUUAGGAAAGCUUUUAGGAUCUUAGGAUUAGGUGAAAGGAAAGGUAGGUGAGCAAUGGAACAAGAUUUUCAUGGAGAUUUUCAGGUCAAUGUCACAUGGUUUUUUGCUUCUUUCUCCGGUGUCCUUGACUGAAUUGUGCUCAUUCUGGUAUGGUUUGAAAGAUCUCUUCACUCUGCACAAGUUAGUGGACAAAGUUGUCCUUGACCGUUAAAACUGGUGACAUCACAAAGGGUAGAAAGGACGUGGAUCAGCACGGGCGGUUACGGGCGGUUCAGGGGCGAAUGGGUUAAACUU